UACCUCUGUCAGGAUAACUUUAACUUAGUACUAUGCUAUGACUUCAAAAUCGAAGGUUAUUUCUAAGAUGCAUGUUCUAUGGCUUGUUUAUGUAAUCGAAGUGCAGAUGUCAGCAUGAGCCUCAUGAUGAACUAGGGUUGUUAGAUUUUGGGGGAACUUGUGGUUGACUUUUUCCCAUGUUUCUCAACUAAAUUUCUUCCUGCAUUUCGGAAAUGAGCAAUAAGUGCAAUUUUCACAUCCUUUUCAUUAACCCCUGGAAAAGUCCUAUUUGCAUAACUCAAAUUGCGACAUCUCAGUGUUUGUGUGGAGAUUUAAAGCUGAUCACUAUAGUCUUCCAACGCAUUUGGUCAUCAUGUUCGUCUACCUGCUGCUCCUCACAGUCAUCGUGACUGUCAAAGCUGAGAGAGUUCCAGGUCUAAAGAAGACGGAUUCGUGUUUGUGUAAAAUAAACAGCUCAAUGUGGACUUUCCCUGCUGUUCAGUUCAUGGAAGUUACAAGACAAGUGCAGGUCUGUGAGGAGAUCUUGGAUGAGUUUGAGGAGAAGAUACGGAGCACAAAGGCAGAACUGCCGAUGAUGGAAGCCACUCUUCAGAACAUCACAGCACGUCUGAAAGCAUUUGAUUACCUUUAUAGAAGUGGACUGUACAGCGCUCUUCACCUUCGCCAGCUGAACCAGGAGCUUGAAGAAAUCCAUCGAUCCGUCAGUGAAACACACAUGCAGAACCCCAACAAAGAGACGCAAGACCUGCUCAGUGAGUUGAAUAAGACAAAACAUGAUGUCCAGAAGAUGUACAAAGAUGAUUUCUUCAACCUGGAGACCAUGAAGAAGAGGUUGCGUGACCUCAACAAUCGCGCGCAGACUUCAAAGACCAUACCAAAUGAUUUCAGAAGUACUUGUCAUCAGCGCAUCAUAACCAGAAUAAGUUCUCCAGUUGUCACCAAGCUCAAUUCCAUCAGCAAGUCCUAUAUUUCUGGUGCCUGGGGCCGCGAUGCUCUACUAACUGAUAAACAGCGUUAUUGGGAACACUGUCUGGUUAGUGGACACAAGCAUGGGCACACUAUCAGAAUGUACAACUCGUAUGAAGACUUCAUGGCUAACAAGAACUACAAGGAUGAACCGAUUGCACCGUCUUACAGUGACAAGAAUGCUGUUCAGGGUUCUGGCACUAUAUUGUAUGACAAUACCGUAUUUUACCAAUGCUACAGCACUGCAGAAAUCUGCAGCUUCAAUAUUACAACAAAAGCAACCAAGCGUAUGAAACUGGAUGGUGCUGGAAUCGACAACAAGUUCCCGUUCUGCUACUACACCUGUCGUGAUUGGACAGACAUCGACCUGGAGGCUGACAGAGACGCCGUGUGGGUGAUUUACACCACUGUUGAGAAUCAUGGGAACAUCGUUUUGAGUCGCUUAGACCCGGUGGAGCUCAGUAUCACACACACAUUUAAGACACAUCUCUUUAAGAGGUCAGUCAGCAGCACGUUUAUGGUGUGUGGAGUCCUUUAUGCAACACGUUAUGUUAAUACUUAUCAAGAGGAAGUGUUUUAUGCUUUCGAUACAACCACUGGUCAAGAGAUAAACUCUCUUUCUUUGCCUUUCGAGAAGGUUUCUGCUGGAAUUUCCAAUCUGAACUACAAUCCUGUCGAUGACAGAUUGUACUCGUACAAUGAUGCCUAUCUGUUAGCAUACGACACCUUCUUCUGAGAGUGUUUCAAAUGCAGCUUCUCAAAAAAAUGUGUGUGGUGUGUUUCAAAUUUAAAACUGGUCCUUUGUAUUUUUCAAAGCAGGUCCAGAGACGUUUACUACAGGAAACCACUCAUGUGAGACAGAGUUACAAAUAAACAUACUAACAAAAGUAAAAAUGUGUGAAUGAAUAUCAGGCAAUUAACAGUUGUCCUCCUAAAGCCUGCAAUAAAAGGCACAAAACUUACAAUGAACACAAUACAUCAGACAAGUCUAAAGAUCAGAUUAAAAUAAACAGAACGUAGCUGUUUCCUCAACAACCUUCAGCGCCCUCUGGUGUUUGGAUGAAAGGUUGUUUGGACUGCCCUGUUUCUUGCUCUUGUGUUUCUGGAUUUGAAUGUUCCUGGUCAUCUAGAAAAAUACAAAGAGAGUGAUGUAUAUUGACCACACUUAAUGCAGAGGUGGCAAACGUACACACAUCCUUUACUCAAGUAGAAGUACAGAUACUCUUGUUUAAAAUGACUCUGGUAAAAGUUGAAGUACUGACUACACUUUAUGUACUCGAGUAAAAGUAAAAAAGUACGGCCUGAAAUAAGUACUUAAUUAAAAAAUAUUAAUUACUACAUGUUUUACUUUCACAGGGUAUACGCACAUCAUGUAUACAUCUACACAAAAGAACUUACAUUUCUAAUUUUCAACCACAAACUAGCCAAGCAGCAUUACUCUACAAUUUUGUCCAACAACAAUGCUCAAAAAGUUGCCCUGUGUGUAUCAUCACCUGGACACAAAACAACUUUACAGCUGUUAAGAACAACAGCUGCCAUACUCAUUCAUAUAUUCUAAAGCGUUAUUUUUCUGCCUAUAUACUGUAUGUAUAACUAAUAAAGGUCUUAAAUUUAACAAUU